UGUUCCGUCCGUGGCGCUGUCAGCCCCGCCGAGAGCCGGGAGCGCCCAUGGACAGAGGCAGGGCUCCGAGGAGAAUCGCCUCGUCAGGGAAUGCUUGGCCGAGUUUCUUGGAGUUUGCAUUUUGAUUGGGCCCGUCUAAACCCGGCCGUUUCCUUCAGCCUGUGCUUGUUAGGGAGGCUCCAGUGGAAGAAGCUGCCAUGUUAUAUGCUGUCCCAGACCCUCGGGGGCUUCGUUGGGGCUGCGAUCGUGUGCGGUGUGCACGGCGACGGGAUCCAUGCGGCGGACAAUGCCACUCUCUCCGUCACCGGGCACCUAUCCCGCGCCCUACCUCACUCCCCCGAUCGGCUUCAUUGACCAGGUUCCGCCCCGCGGGGGAUUCAUGGCUACAGACCGAGUG